AUGGCCGAUGUUCGUGCCCUUCUUGCGGCCGAGCGGCAGUCCCGCCGCAUCACACACCCUCACCACACAUACACAAAGUCCGGCAUGUUGAUAUGCACGAUAUGCAAUAUGAAUGUGAAGUCCGAGGCUCUCUGGGAAGGACACCUCAAGAGCGCGAAUCACAGGAAGAACGCUCACGCUCAGUCACAAGUCCAGGCACAGGCACAUGCACAGGGACAUGCGCAGUCUCAAGGGCAAGGGCAGGGGCAAGGACAGGAGAGUACAAAAGGUACAAAACGCAAAAUCCAGGACGUGGACGAGAGUCAAGAUGAUGAACGAGACGAUACCGAAAUCGAGACGAGAAAAAAGGCCAAAUCACGUCCGGAGAGUCUUGUCACAGAGAACACUAGUGCGGGUGGAAGUACAGGUACAAGUUCAAGUUCAACCAGCGGAACUUCAGUUGUCAAGAAACAGUCUACAAUGCCGGCAUCGCAACAGCAACGGCAAAGGGAGGCCAGAUUGGAUACUACACCGGCGCAGAAGGAGGCAGAAGAAGAGGAAGAACCCGGCAGAACCACCGCCACGACCCACACCAACGGCCCCAUUGCAACCGUGGAUGAAGAUGAAUGGGCGGCCUUUGAACGAGAAGUAGCACCGCUCGCGGCCGCGGCGGAGUCGACAACCUCAGCAUCACAAGCACAAGGACAAGUACCGGUCAAUUACUACUCGUCGGCCACGAUCACGGCGGCGCCCGUGACAGCGGAGCAACUAAAGCAGCAAUCGGACGAGGAGAAGCAGCGCCGACUCGAGUCGGCGGCGGACGACGAGAAAGAAGACGAAGAGCGACGACUGGAAGAAGAGUUCGAGGUGAUGGAAGAGAUGGAAGAGCGGGUCCGCAAGUUGCGAGAGAAGAGGGAUGCAUUGAGACAAGCGGCGGCGGUGCAGGCACAAUCACGAGCACGAGCAGGGACCGGUGCGGGUGUGGAUGCGGAUACAGGAUAUCAAGAAGAAGACGGUCCCUUGACCGGUUCUCGAGAAGAGGUGGAGGUGGAGGGUGUGAAUGGGAAUAUGGAGAGUGAGAAUGCCGUCGUAGGUGACAAGCGAGAGCAGGAGCAGGAGCAAGAUUCAGGAAAGGUGCAGAAGAAAGAAGGAGACGACGACGGCGACGAUGAUGAUGACGAUGACGACGUUGAUGACUGGUAUUCAUGA